CUAUGCAUGAAUCUGGAAGUUUUGCAGCAUCACGUUCUAGACGUGAGAAGAAGUCUAGAAGAGGCCAGCAAGAAGCACUGGAACGUCUGAAAAAAGCCAAAGCUGGUGAAAAAAUAAAAUACGAGGUUGAAGAGUUCACAGGUGUUUAUGAUGAAAUAGAUGAAGAUGAAUACUCCAAGAUGGUCCGAGAACGUCAGGAUGAUGACUGGAUUGUCGAUGAUGAUGGGGUAGGUUAUAUAGAAGAUGGAAGGGAAAUCUUUGAUGAAGAUCUGGAUGAUGAUGCUCUUGGUUCCAAUAAGAAAGGAAAAGGUGGCAAAACAUCUAUGGCUGGUAAAAAGAACGUGAAAAAAUCUGUGGUGUCAAAGCCAAAGACAAUUAAGUCUAUGUUUAUGGCCAAUGCUGGGAAGAAAAACACAGAUAAAAUUGUGGACCUGUCAAAGGAUGAUUUACUAGGGGAUAUUCUUCAAGAUCUUAAUGCUGAAACUGUUCAGAUAAGUCCACCACCAAUUAUAAUGCUGAAAAGGAAAAGAUCUGCUGGAGUACCACUGAAUCCCUUCUCUGUGCAGUCUCAAACUCCUAAGGUAAUCACCCCUAUAUCAAAGAAAGCUCCUCCUCAUCUCAGAAAGGAAGCUCUUCCUCCAUCUUCAUUUCAUCCUAAACAUCCGAAUUACACAGCAAAAUCUGUCAUAGUCUCUGAAAAUGAGGAUACCAAGCAUGUGCAAAAAGCUACAGAAAAUGGGGGAAUAGUGAAGACAAUAGAAGAGAAAGCUAUUGAAGAUGAUGAUCAGGGAAUGAUGGAUUUUGAUGAGGAGGACUUUGAUGAACCUAUGGAAGCAGAGGAUGUGGAAGCUGUACCUGAGACAGCUGAAAGCUUGAAGAGACACAAGGAAAUUGAAAAGAAAGAGACAGAGCAGCUGGGAUCAGAGAAGAAAGAGACAUCUGUCUUAAGUUCGCUCCCAGAUAUCUCGUGUUGGGAUGGAAUUGAUGAGGACGAAGCUGAUCUAGUAGUGGCAGAAGUUCAGCUGGACCCCAAUCUCCUUCCGCUUGUGAAUGGGGAAAAUGAUGAUCAAGUUUUAAGAUUUUAUUGGCUGGAUGCUUACGAAGAUCAGUACAGUCAGCCAGGUGUGGUAUUUUUGUUUGGGAAAGUUUGGAUUGAAUCUGCAAACACCUAUGUCAGCUGUUGUGUGACAGUGAAAAAUAUUGAGAGAACUGUUUAUCUACUGCCACGUGAAACAGAAAUUGACCUAUCCACUGGCAAAGAGACGGAGACUCCGGUAACUAUAAUGAGUGUUUUCAAGGAAUUUAAUGACUGCAUUUCACCGAAGUAUAAGAUCAUGAAGUUCAAAUCCAAG